AUUAUAGCGAUUAAGAUUCUUGCUUAAGGUAUAUUAUGAAGUGGAUUGACUUUUCCAGUGCAGGUUAGAACAAGGCAGCAACAUUCAUCAUCAAGGGAACACUUUUCCAGUUAUACCUUGAACAGAAUAACUGGUUCGACAAAUUACCAUUCGUCAAACCAUUGUGGAUCUAGCAAAGCGUUACGAGCAUCACUGCCGAAGUUGUGGGAAGACACUAUGCCAUGAACAUUCAUCAUAUCACAUGGCUUUGCCUCAAUAUGGCAUAUAUACAGAUGUCAGAGUCUGCUAUGAAUGUUUCAACAAAUCUUCGCGUUCUGGAAAUGUUGAUAAAGAAACUUCUUCGGAGGCCAUUGCUGCUGCAACCGACACCAUUUCAAGGCUAAAAAUAGGUGAGGAUAAUGUUCCUUCAUCUGCACCAACUUCGGGAGAUCACAAUGUAGGAGCUUUAGAGUGCAAAUGUGGAAUGCCUUUGUGUAUAUGUGAAGCCCCAAAACCAGAUCCUCCUCCUGCACCGGUUCAUAGUUCUUCAUCAAGUGUGCAGUCCAACCCAAGACCAAAGAAAGCUAUCAGCACUCAACAAUCUGCUGAAUCCAGUACAAAGAAAUCCGGAGCUUCAUCAGCCAGCAAUUCUAGUUCAUUUUUUAAUCUUGGUCAAACAAACAAUACUAGCUCAGAUAAGGGUCAUGCGGAUUAUGAAGUCACUGGAGAGGGUUUAAGGGAAGCAAUUAAGAACAGUGAUGUUCCAGCUGUCAGAAAACUACUGAGUCAGGGAGUGGACGCAAACUACUGUGACAAGCAAGGUUUCACUUUGCUGCAUUUGGCUGCACUAUUUAAUCAGACCGAGAUUGCUCUUAUUCUCAUGGAUAAUGGAGCGAACGUGGAAUGCAAGAAUGGGCAAGGUGAAACGCCUCUCGACUGCGCUCCGGCCAUGCUGCAAUACAAAAUGCGCAACCGGAUGGCGGAACUCGCAGCUGGACAAUCAAGCCACUGAUUUUGUAUAUUGAGCUUUCGUGUGAUUUUGUUUCUCGACAAAUGGAGGCUGCUUUCUUUGGAGUUUGCUGAUUUGACUUCAAGACUAGAGGAUAUGACAAGAUGUCCCCGGAAGCAGUAUACUGCUGUUGGAGAAUAACUUUGUCUUUAUUUCAUUUGGCAGAACAGUUUACAAAGCUGUACAAUUUCUUUUUAUUAUUUUAAGAAUGUCGAAUCUUAAUGGUAAUAAUAAUUUUAAGGGUUAAUUAAACAA